AAUGUUCACAUUUUUAAGAAAAACAAAAAUUUUUAUGAUGAAAAGUGUUACGAAGACCAGGUGUCAUUUUAUCAUUUGGGAUGCCAUCGCUGGCUUACAGAUGAAGAAAUAAGUCAGGACUUCAGAAGUGAAGCAUCAAAUCACACCCAUGUACAUCCAAGAGGGCGCUUUGGUCAUAUUGCUGCAGUGAGAGAUGGUAAUAUAUUGUUGAUUGCCGGUGGAUUCAGUGGCUCUGUAAUGAAUGAUAUCAUAGCCAUCAAAGUUCCUGGUUCAGUUGCCACCAAUUCUGCUACCCAUCAUCCUGAUGAAUGUAAUACCUACUGUCACAUGCAUACCAGAUUGAGUUCAUGUAAUCUUGAUCCUGAUUGUGGUUGGUGUGAUCAUACCGAGGUGGACAAUUCACAAGCUUGUUUACCACACAGUCAACAAAAGAUGUGUGCGAGUACAUUUCACCAAAGUGACUGUCCAGGUAUAUGUGAUGUUUUAACAACAUGUGAAUCAUGCAUUAUUUGGGGUCAAGGAACUGGUCCUAUAACAUUUGCACCACCUGGUGUCAGGUUGAAUGAGAAGUGUGGGUGGUGCGUUCAGAAUGGCAUUUGCACAAGAACCAAUG